AUCCCCUCAAGUUCCACAGGUUCAACCGAAAUGUCUACAUCAGCCACAAGUAUGUCCUCACUACCUAUGAGCUCUACUGAAAUGUCCACAUCAGGCACAAUUAUCCCAUCAAGUUCCACAAGUUCAAUCGAAAUGUCUACAUCAGCUUCAAGUAUGUCCGCACUACCUAUGAGCUCUACUGAAAUGUCUACAUCAGCCACAAUUAUCCCCUCAAGUUCCACAGGUUCAACCAAAAUGUCCACAUCAGCCACAAGUAUGUUGUCACUACCUACAAGCUCUACUGAAAUGUCUACAUCAGCCACAACUAUCCCUUCAAGUUCCACAAGUUCAACCGAAAUGUCCACAUCAGCCACAAGUAUGUCCUCACUACCUAUGAGCUCUACUGAAAUGUCCACAUCAGGCACAAGCAUGUCCUCACUACCUACAAGCUCUACUGAAAUGUCUACAUUAGCCACAAUGAUCCCAUCAAGUUCCACAAGUUCAAUAGAAAUGUCUGCAUCAGCCACAAGUAUGUCCUCACUACCUAUGACCUCUACUGAAAUGUCUACAUCAGCCACAAUUAUUCCCUCAAAUUCCACAGGUUCAACCGAAAUGUCUACAUCAGCCACAAGUAUGUCCUCACUACCUAUGAUCUCUACUAAAAUGUCCACAUCAGGCACAAUUAUGUCCUCACUACCUACAAGCUCUACCGAAAUGUCUACAUUAGCCACAAUUAUCCCCUCAAGUUCCAAAAGUUCAACUGAAAUGUCUACAUCAGCCACAAGUAUGUUGUCAUUACCUACAAGCUCUCCUGAAAUGUCAACAUCAGCCAAAUUUAGCACUUUGAGUUUUACUAGUUCAACUGAUAUGUCUACCUCAACCUCAAGUAUCUCCUCCGUAACUGCAAGCUCUAAUGAAAUGUCUACAUCACCCACAAUUGUGCCCUCAAGUUCUACAAUUUCUACGGGAAUGUCUACGUCAGCCAUAAUUAUUCCCUCAAUUUCCACAAGUUCAACUGAAAUGUCUACAUCUACCUCAAGUAUGUCAACACUACCUAGAAGUUCUACUGAAAUGUCUACAUCAGGUUCUACAAAUUCUACUCAAAUUUCUACAUCACCCACAAGUUUGUUCUCAGUACCAGCAAGCUCUACAGAAAUGUCAACCACAAUUAUCCCCUUGAGUUCCUCAGCUUCAAGUGAAAUGUCAACAUCUGCUACAAGUAUGUCCUCACUACCUACAAGCUCUACUGAAAUGUCUACAUCAGCCAUAAUUAUCCCCUCAAGUACCACAAAGUCAACUGACAUGUCCACAUCAGCCACAAGUAUGUCCUCACCACCUAUUAGCUCUACUGAAAUGUCCACAUCAGGAACAAGUAUAUCCUCACCACCUAUUAGCUCUACAGUAAUGUCCACAAUAGGUACAAGUACGUCCUCACUACCCACAAGCUCUACUGAAAUGUCUACAUCAGCCACAAUUAUUCCCUCAAGUACCACAAGGUCAACUGAAAUGUCUACAUCAGCCACAAGUAUGUCCUCACCACCUAUUAGCUCUACUGAAAUGUCCACAUCAGGAACAAGUAUGCCCGCAAUACCUACAAGCUCUACUGAAAUGUCCACAUCAGGUACAAGUAUGUCCUCACCAUCUAUUAGCUCUACUGAAAUGUUCACAUCAGGAACAAGUAUGUCCUCACUACCUACAAGCUCUAUUGGAAUGUCUACAUCACCCACAAUUAUCCCCUCAAGUUUUAAAAGUUCAACUGAAAUGUCUACAUCAGCCACAAGUAUGCUGUCACUAUCUACAAGCUCUCCUGAAAUGUCCACAUCAGGCACAAGUAUAUCCUCACUAUCUACAAGCUCUACUGAAAUGUCUACAUCAGCCACAAUUAUCACCUCAGGUUCUACAAGUUCAACUGAAAUGUCUACAUCAGCCACAAUUAUCCCCUCAAGUUCCACAAGUUCAACUGAAAUGUCUACAUCAGCCACAAGUAUGCUGUCACUAUCUACAAGCUCUCCUGAAAUGUCCACAUCAGGCACAAGUAUAUCCUCACUACCUACAAGCUCUACUGAAAUGUCUACAUCAGCCACAAUUAUCACCUCAGGUUCUACAAGUUCAACUGAAAUGUCUACAUCAGCCACAAGUAUGCUGUCACUAUCUACAAGCUCUCCUGAAAUGUCCACAUCAGCCACAAAUAUGCCCUCACUACCUAUGAGCUCUACUGAAAUGUCUACAUCAGCCACAAUGAUCCCCUCAAGUUCCACAAGUUCAACAGAUAUGUCUAUAUCAGCCACAAGUAUGUUGUCACUACCUACAAGCUCUACUAAAAUGUCCACAUCAGGCACAAGUAUGUCCUCACUACCUAUGAGCUCUACUGAAAUGUCCACAUCAGGAACAAGUAUGUCCUCAUUACCUACAAGCUCUACUGAAAUGUCUGCAUCAGCCACAAGCUUGUCCUCACUACCUAUGAGCACUAUUGACAUGUCUACAUCAGCCACAAUGAACCCCUCAAGUUUUAAAAGUUCAACUGAAAUGUCUACAUCAGCCACAAGUAUAUCCUCACUACCUACAAGCUCUACUGAAAUGUCUACAUCAGCCACAAUUGUCCCCUCAAGUUCCACAAGUUCAACUGAAAUGUCUACAUCAGCCACAAGUAUGUCCUCACCACCUAUUAGCUCUACUGAAAUGUCCACAUCAGGCACAAGUAUAUCCUCACUACCUACAAGCUCUACUGAAAUGUCUACAUCAGCCACAAUUGUCCCCUCAAGUUCCACAAGUUCAACUGAAAUGUCUACAUCAGCCACAAGUAUGUCCUCACCACCUAUUAGCUCUACUGAAAUGUCCACAUCAGGCACAAGUAUGUCCUCACUACCUAUGAGCUCUACUGAAAUGUCCACAUCAGGAACAAGUAUGUCCUCAUUACCUACAAGCUCUACUGAAAUGUCCACAUCAGCCACAAGCUUGUCCUCACUACCUAUGAGCACUAUUGACAUGUCUACAUCAGGUACAAGUUUAUUUUCACUACCUGCAAGCUCUACUGAAAUGUCAACACCAAUCACAAUUACCCCUUCAACUUCCACAAGCUCAACUGAAAUGAUGUCAUCAGGCACAAGUAUGUCCUCAGUACCUACAAGCUCUACUGAAAUGUCAGUGUCUACUUCCAUUAUACCCUCAAGUGCCACAAGUUCAACUGACAUAUCUACAUCAGCCACAAGUAUGUCUUCACUGCCAACAAGCUCAACUGAAAUGUCUACAUCAGGCACAAUUAUGUCCUCGCUACCUAUAAUUUCUACUGACCAGUCCACGUCAACCACAAUAAUCCGCUCAAGUUCCACAAGUUCAACUGAAAUGUCUACUUCAGGCAGGAGCAUGUCAAGUACGAUUGGAAUGUCUACAUCAGCCACAUUUAUUACUUCAGGUUCCACAAGUUCAAAUGAAAUGUCAACAUCAGGAUCAAGUAUGUCAUCAGUAACUAUUAGCUCCACUGAAAUGUCUACAUCACCCACAAGUUUGUCCUCACAACCAAUGAGCUCUACUGACAUGUCUACAUCAGGCACAAGGAUAUCCUCACCACCUAUAAGCUCUACUGAAAUGUCCACAUCAACCACAAUUAUUCCCUCAAGUUCCACAAGUUCAACUGAAAUGUCUACAUCCACCUCAAGUAUGUCUCCACUACCUAGAAGUUCUACUGAAAUGUCUACAUCAGGUACAAGUUCUACAAAUUCUACUCAAAUUUCUACAUCACCCACAAGUGUGUUCUCAGUACCAGCAAGCUCUACAGAAAUGUCAACCACAAUUAUCCCCUCAAGUUCCUCAGCUUCAAGUGAAAUGUCAACAUCUGCUACAAGUACUACAGGUUCCACUCAGAUUUCCACAUCACCCACAAGUAUUUCCUCACUACCUACAAGCUCUACUGAAAGGUCUUCAUCGGCCACAAUUACACCCUCAAUUUCCACAAGCUCUACUGAAAUGUCUACAUCAGCCACAAUUAUCCCCUCAAGUACCACAAGUUCAACCAAAAUGACAUCAGCCACAAGUAUGUCCUCACUACCUAUGAGCUCUACUGAAAUGACCUCAGCAGGCACAAGUAUGUCCUCACUACCUACAAGCUCUACUGAAAUGUCUACAUCAGCCACAAUUAUCCCCUCAAGUUCCACAAGUUCAACCAAAAUGACAUCAGCCACAAGUAUGUCCUCACUACCUAUGAGCUCUACUGAAAUGUCCACAUCAGGCACAAGUAUGUCCUCACUACCUACAAGCUCUACUGAAAUGUCUACAUCAGCCACAAUUAUCCCUUCAAGUUCCACAAGUUCAACUGAAAUGUCUACAUCUGGCACAAGUAUGUCCUCACUACCUACAAGCUCUACUGAAAUGUCCACAGCAGGCACAAGUAUGUCCUCAUUACCUACAAGCUCUACUGAAAUGUCUACAUCAGCCACAAUGAUCCCCUCAAGUUCUACAAGUUCAACUGAAAUGUCUACAUCAGGCACAAGUAUGUCCUCACUACCUACAAGCUCUACUGAAAUGUCCACAGCAGGCACAAGUAUGUCAUCACUACCUACAAGCUCUAUUGGAAUGUCUACAUCAGGCACAAGUAUGUCCUCACUACCUAUGAGCUCUACUGAAAUGUCAACAUCAGGCACAAGUGUGUCCUCACUACCUACAAGCUCUACUGAAAUGUCUACAUCAGCCACAAUUAUCCCCACAGUUUCCACAAGUAUGUUCUCAGCAUCUACACGUUCUCCAGAAAUCCCUACUUCGAGCACUAGGAUAUUCUCAAGAUCUGUUGCAGCUCCCAGAUCAAUGACUGGUAUUUUUUCAAGUUCUACCUUUUUUCCCAGCCGAGAAACAACCAAAAAACUACAACCUACAGCUGCAGCACCAGUUCUCACAACUGAAAUUGUAAUUCCCACAACAAAACCCAUGCCUGUCAUUAUGACUACAAAUCCAGCACCUACAACACCAGUAGCAGAGGGGGGUCAAGCUACAGCUGCAGCACCAGUGCUCACAACUGAAAUUGUAAUCCCCACAACAAAACCCAUGCCUGUCAUUAUGACUACAAAUCCAGCACCUACAACACCAGUAGCAGAGGGGGGUCAAGCUACAGCUGCAGCACCAGUGCUCACAACUGAAAUCGUAAUCCCCACACCAAAACCCAUGCCUGUCAUUAUGACUACAAAUCCAGCACCUACAACACCAGUAGCAGAGGGGGGUCAACCUACAGCUGUGGCACCAGUGCUCACAACUGAAAUCGUAAUCCCCACAACAAAACCCAUGCCUGUCAAUAUUGUUACAAAUCCAGCACCUACAACACCAGCAGCAAUGGGGGGUCAACCAACAACAGCAGCUGCUAAAAUCACAACUUUACGUGCAAUAGUGGCUACUUCCAUGAAACCUGUAGUACCUGUCAUAACUACAAAAGCUGCCCCAGCCCCAACAACUGGAGGAAUUGUAGUUCCCCUGCCAACCACACAAGCUGUAAUCCAAACAAGAAACACCCCUAUAAUUGCCCCAUCAGUUGGCGUCUCCACUGCGAGGCCUGCAGGACCUAUUACACAACCUCCACCAACUGUAGUUGUGGCACCCACUACAUUAACAGUUUCUCUUACGACCAUGGCAGUUGUGAUUGCUCAGACAGACUCCACGGAUAAACCAUCUGCAAGUGAGGGAUCACUGGAGAUGGACUUCAGCAUCGAUCAGCCAUUCGACAACAAUCUCCUCGAUAGCACGUCACAGGAAUUCAAGACCCUGGCCAGCAAUGUUACUGCUGAGGUUAAUCGUGCUUACAGGAAAUCUUUCCCAGACACCUUCCGUCGCUGCCGAGUCAAUGCAUUCAGUUCGGGGUCAGUGAAAGUUGACAUGACCCUUAUAUUCAGCAACAAGACUGUGGUUCCAACCACAUCCCAGGCAGAAGAAAGUCUCCAGGAAGCCCUGAAGGAAGGAACAACCUUCCUGAAUGUUGUUCCUGACUCUAUUGUUGCAAGCACAACAAACGCAACUACAACCACAGUGGCACCCGCAAUGACCACCUCCGGGUCCUCCAAGCAGACUGUCAACAUAAUAGUUCUCACGUUUUUUUCACUGUUUCAGUUUUUUACAACAAGGCACUGAAAUGAAUCACAUUUUAAGAUAUUUCUUCACAAGAGAACAGAAGAACUGAAACCACAGAAAGUGAAUACAAGUGAGAGGGGAACAAACAGCAAAAGCAAAAAGAAAAGCAAAACAUCAACUUGUAAUUCUAAAUUGGACUGAAACAGACCCCAAUUACUAAUAUUGAUUUUUGGAAGUUCCACUGCUUCAGCAUAUCCUUGGUGUAGCAUUUCCCAAGGAGAGAGGGUGAGAGGGACUCUCCUGGUUGUCCUUGUGCUGUCGGCCCAAACUAACUGUGUGUGAAGCAGAGUCCUCCAAUGCAAUGAUUGCACAGCUAAGCGGGUGGACUGAAAAAUGAGAAGAAGCAACAUUAUAGCAAGCGUGCACUUCUGGCUUCCAUGCAGAUUUCUACCUAAAUUCUUCUGAACUGAAAGAGCACCCUCCAUUCCAUGGUGUUAAAAACACCACUGGACAUUCCACGCUGGAGGAAAAACCAGAGCAAUGAAGGGAUGAAAGCUCAACAAAAACCGUUUUUGACGCUUAAUGUUAUUGUUAAACAGAAAAGUGUGAUUGCUAUAUGUAACAAAAGAAAAAAAAAAUCAAAAUUAAUUAUAAGUGAAUUAUUUAAUAAUUGUCUUUACUGUCUAAUGCAUCAAUUUCAUUACCUUCCAUUUUCUCAUCGUUGACACAUUGCAACAUUUUCCAGUUCCAGUGAUGAAAAUUGAUCAAUUGUGCAUUGUGCAUUUUUUUUUCUGAUUUGACUUCUUGGUUUUUUGGUGAAAAAAAAAAAUUACUAAAUUGUACUCCUUUAAAAUAAUGUAACAAUUUGUAAGUAUUGUAAUCAUGAGUACAGUCAAUAAAUGAUUAAAAUUCCUGAAAAAUGA